AUGGAGGCUAAUAGUAGUGCACAACGAAAAUCAACAACUGAGGGCAUCACCACCGGGACUAAGCGUCGCCGCAUCCGACCGUCUCGGGCUCGCGGCUUGAGAACCAAGACAGGAUGUCUCACGUGCAGAGAGAGACGCGUGAAGUGCGACGAUGGUAAGCCCACAUGCAUGCGGUGCUCCAAGUCAGAUCGAAUCUGUCGAUAUGCCCAGAUCGCUGACCAGCGACAUGGAACCGGAGCCGGAGCCAACUAUGAGUCCCCAAGGGCGCAACUCGAUUCAAGAGGGGAGAAGGCUCAGGAGCAACUGUCGAGCGCUAGUACAGCUCCAUACUUUCAUCAGCCUACCUACUCAUCCCCUACCGAGCAACCCAACGGCUCGAUUGAGACGUCGCAGAAUGAUCGUCUGAACGAGGCCAAUGACCAGAGACUGCCCAGCAUUGACUCGGGAUUCUCAGCCUCUCCACUUUCACUUAGUCAGGUUUCCCUGCUCAACAUCUCCCCGUUCGAGUGGUACGACCUGCUAGCACGGGAUGCCAUCAGCAACAUUCAACGGCUGAACGAUGCUUCAACGGGCGACCCACGAUGGAAAUUUCCCGAGAUUGCCCUCUCUCGUAGACAGUCGCCAGCCCAUGAAUGUCCUGAGACCCACCUCGAACAAUCCAGGAGGCACACUGAGCAGCAGCAGCUCGCUCUGGAACAUCGAGAUGACGGAUUCGAAGCGCCUUCACUGAACCAUUACCAGGUACCCGAACCUUGGAACACAACGAGUAGGAUAGAAUUAUCGGCAAUCGAUCUCAGGUUCUUUCGAUACUACAUCGAAGUUGUUGGGCCAAUACUAGACUUGUUUGAUCCCGCUCGGCAUUUCAGCAAUGUUGUGCCCCAUCUCGCACUACGAAAUAGAGGGCUGCUGAAGUCGAUACUUGCAGUUGGGGCUAAGCACAUAUCUCUCGGUCUCGUGCCCGGUGAAAAUGUGCCAGGUGACCUUGCCGCUCCAGAUCCAAGUGUUCCAACCCCGCUAGCAGCAGCGACUGGUCUGCCGUCUGAACUCGACCCUGCUCCGGCACACAUGGCUACACAGUAUUACUACGAAACGCUUCAAUAUCUAUCACAGACACUACUCUAUCCCUCCUAUGCAGACUCCCGUGAGAUACUGGCGACAGCCACUAUGAUUAGCACGUAUGAGAUGUUUGACACCGACAGCACGACGACCAGCGGUGACUGGGAGAAACACCUGCGCGGCUCGUUCUGGAUACAACGUUCUCAGGACAACGACGGCGAGUCUGUAGACAGGUUGAGACAGGCCGUGUGGUGGGCAUGGCUCCGGCAGGACAUAUGGGCGGCCUUCCGGGCAGGACGGCCAACGCUCACUUUCUGGCGUGCUCGAAAAGGGCUCGAGGAGCUUGACUCGGAUGAGCUCGCAACACGGAUAGUCUACAUAUGCGGCAAGUGCGUAGCCUAUGCCGCUUCAGAUGAGACGUCGCCAAAUCAGGAUCCAAGACACAGAAUCGAGCAGGGUGACCGACUUCUCUGCGCGCUCGACGAUUGGCACCGUGUCCUCCCCGCCUCUUACCAACCCGUCACCGUCGCCAUGGACCCUGUCUCAGAUACUACUGUGUUCCCGCCCAUAUGGAUUCACCCCCUCAACCACGCAGGUGCUAUGCAGAUGUACAAUUUUGCCAGAGCCAUGGUGCUUCUUAACCAACCCACGAUGGGCGGACUAAACGCCUACUGUCUCCGUGACAAGCAGCUUAGUGAAUGUGUCAAGAUGGUCUGUGGCAUUGCCAACGCCUGUCAGGAACAAGAAUCCGCAAUGGCCUUUGUUAACGUACAGGCUUUGUUUGGAGUUGGCCAAUUCGUUCGUUCGCCCGAGAUGCGCGGCGAGUUGCUCCGUAUUUUGGAAAAGAUGCUGAAGAUUAGCAAAUUCCCGGCAAGGGGGCUUGUUUCUGAGCUCAAAAAUGUGUGGCAGGAAUGA